AAUCUAAAUUCCUAUCGCUCAAAACAAACUCAAGCAUCUGCAACACAAAAUAUUCAAAAUUCAAGUCAAGUUAAUAUAUCAGGAAAUGUAAAGACUUCAGUAACGGCACCUUUUAAACCACCUUGUCACUCUAAUUCCCCAAUGAUUACUUCUUAUG